CCUUCCCCGAGUUUGUCAUUGAUCGAUCAGCACAAGGUCCGAAACUACAAACUCUGUGUACGGGAUAUGGAUCCGGGAUUAUAAGUUUCUUACUUCAAGGAUUAUUGUAAACAUACAAGCUCUUGCAUGUAGAUGCAGUAUGCAACUCAUCUAUUUUCAUGUUUUUCGCAAAUGUUGACACGAGUGUUGGCGAUGUUGUUCAUUCAUAUCUUUGGAAGAAGUACGUCAGGUUUGAUGUGGACCUGUAAGUCUUGAUCCAGUACAGCACAUGAAUGUAUCAUCCCAACACAAUGAAGCUGUUUCAAGACUUCUACCGGGUUUUAAUCUUAAUGAUUAUUUUGACCAUCCCUCUAUUCAUAUUCAUCUUAAGAGAUUAUGAAAUAAAUGUAACAAUAGUUCGUACUUCACACGCCAUCCAAAUAAAAUCGACAGAGCACCAGAAAUCUACUAUACAUACUACUAUCAUGCAAACGGGUUUGCGGACACCCGGUGCCGAACCUGAAACAGACGAUCGUCUCCAUAGUAACGAUACCAACGAUGUAGAUAUACGGAGAGACUUGAAUAAUGCUGGAGCGGUGAACUUCACGCUUAAUUUACCUAUUGAUUUGGAAGAACACACGCCCUCUAUCGACGAAUUAUACCAGAGGAUAGCAAUCGUUUCUGCCUUCUCCCAAAACCAUUAUCUCGAGGCACUAUCCUUCAUCGCCAGUGCUCAGAAAUACAUGCCUGAUAAAAAGAUAAUCAUCUACGAUCUCGGAAUAAAAGAAUCAGUUAUACCUAAGGUUAAAAAGUUGUGCAACGUAGAACUUCGACCAUUUCCUUGGCAGUCAUAUCCAGAUCACGUUAAGAACCUACACAAUUACGCUUGGAAACCGAUCUUAAUAGAUAUUACAUUGAGAGAAUUCGGUGCCAUCUUCUGGGGCGAUGCGUCUGUUCGUUUUAAAACCUCUUUAAAGGAUCUAUUACCCGCAUCCACACGUCACCAUGGAUACAUGAGUCACUGGCAUAGCUUCGAUCCGAAAACCAACACUAAAAUAAGACAUCAAUACUAUUUCACACAUCCCGAUAUGUACGCCAGCUUGGAUGUUGACAGAAGGAAAUAUUACGCAUCCAAAAACGAGGCUGCUUACCCAGCGGCAAAUCGGCAACUUUACAUUAACGGCUCGGUGAUUCAGCGCGCCGUUGUUCAACCGAUGUUGAGAUGUUCUUUAAAACUUCAUUGCAUUGCUCCUGAAGGUUCGAAAAUAGGAGAACACCGUUACGACGCGUCUUUACUCGCCAUCCUGGUAUACAAAAACAUGAACAGAGAAUGGACUCCACAAAACAACGACAACGUCAUUUUCGACCGAACAAUCAAUAUUCAGAGGAGUACAAAAGGACACGAAAAAGCCCGGACAUGUGCAAAUCAAUGACUUCCUAUUGCUUCGUGACUUUUGUUUUUCAACACGUGGAAAUUGAUGACUUCCUAUUGUUUUGUAGUCUUUGUUUUUAAAUCUAACCUGCAUUACUAAAUCGUCUCCCGUCAUCGUUUGCUUAUAUAUCAUCAUAUACAACGCAGAUUUUUCAAACGAUUUCUCUUGUACACAAUUUGAUGACGAAUGGUCGGGGUGGGGUGGGUUUUAAUUUGAUUGGAGGCAAAGAGACAUAAAGGCCGGUAACAUAUAUUCACAAAGGAAGUUUAGUCAAACCAUGUUUUAAAUUUAAGCCAUGGUUUAGUUAGACCAUCGUUGGUGAAUCGCUCUGAGACCAUGGUCUGAAAUUUAGACUGGCCUAAUUAUACCACGUACAGUUUGAAUUUAAUUUAGCCUGGGCUCACCAAACCUCCUUUGUGAAUACCGGCCAAAGAUUAAUUCUUUGCUUUAUCCC